GCUCAUAGUGUUCGAAAAAAGUGUCGAUUCCGGAGCCAAGCUUUGAUCCGUCGACUAUUAAUUAGUUUCAUUCCUCUAUAUCAAUUAUGAAGGGCUAAGCUGAAAAUGUUCUUCAGCUUUGGUCUAUUGUCUGCGAUUUUUGUGUUCUGGGCAUUGCUGUAAUCAUGAAUUGAUUCAACGGUUUUGCUUUUCUUUGCACUGUCUUCUUCUACAAAAUCAUGGGCGAUAGUCAAUACUCAUUCUCUUUGACCACUUUUAGUCCUUCUGGAAAACUUGUUCAGAUAGAACAUGCUCUGACAGCUGUUGGCUCUGGACAAACAUCUCUCGGAAUUAAAGCUGCAAAUGGUGUUGUCAUUGCAACAGAGAAGAAAUUGCCAUCUAUACUUGUUGAUGAAGCAUCGGUACAGAAAAUUCAGAUAUUAACACCAAAUAUCGGUGUUGUUUAUAGUGGCAUGGGUCCUGACUUUCGGGUUUUGGUUCGAAAAAGUAGGAAGCAGGCUGAGCAGUAUCACCGGCUAUAUAAAGAACCAAUCCCUGUCACUCAGCUUGUAAGGGAAAUUGCUGCUGUUAUGCAGGAGUUCACUCAAUCUGGUGGUGUCAGGCCAUUUGGAGUGUCCCUUCUAGUUGCUGGAUUUGACGAUAAAGGUCCACAAUUAUUCCAGGUGGAUCCAUCGGGUUCAUAUUUUUCCUGGAAAGCGUCUGCUAUGGGGAAGAAUGUUUCUAAUGCAAAGACUUUUCUUGAGAAGAGAUACACUGAGGAUAUGGAGCUUGAUGAUGCUGUCCACACAGCCAUAUUGACUCUGAAGGAAGGGUUUGAGGGACAAAUAUCUGGCAAAAAUAUUGAAAUUGGCAUAAUUGGCGCAGACAAAAAGUUCAGGGUAUUGACACCAGCUGAAAUUGAUGAUUACUUGGGUGAAGUGGAAUAAUUUGCUGUGAAGAUUGGAGAUUGGAGUUACUUUAGACCGAAAUCAAAGCCAGUGGAGAGACUAUUGAUACCAGCGGUGUAUUUGAGUUUGGGGAAGUAGUGACUUUUCAGUUGUAGACUGCAAUGUUUCUUAGACACAACUUUUCCCCAAGUUCUCGAGUGUUCCAUAAACCUGAAACAAAAGCUUUGAUGUGAUUAUCAAUGACUACUUACUGAAAAUUGUUGUAACCCUAUUGUUCUUAGAGUGAUUUGCUGUUUUCUAUU